AUGUCGGAGAUUCCUGAAGAUUCGUGCUCAACCGAUUCGGCAAAGGAGAAUUUGCGAGGAUUUCUGACGCCGGCAGCAAAGCGGAAGUCAAAACUUGAAGAACUGACUCCAAAAUCGCGGUCGGCUGAAAAGAAUUCAACAAGUUUUAAUCCGUUUGGAAAAUAUCAAAUACUCAUCAAUUCUGACAAGUUCCAAUUCGAAAAAGCUGUUAAAAAUUUUAAGAAAUCUAUCGAAGAGGAGCCCUAUACAGAUGACGGAAAGAAAUUUCUAAAAACUCGCCCAGAAGCAAAACAAUUAAUAAUAGAAUUAAAAAAAUUCGUUUCGAACGUGAAAACUGUAUCGAAAUCGAUGACUACUGCGGUUCCAAGCAUACUAACCAGUUUUGCUCCGAAUUUUGUGGGGCUUUGUGAGCUAUUCGAGAAAGAUGAAACAAAAUGUGUUGAUGUGAUGGCGAUUUGUCAGAAGAUUAGCGAGGCUGUUAAUGCUAUAUCCUCAUCAGUUAGUGAACCAUUUGGAUCAGAUCUCCUCGACGAAUGGACACCUCUGCUAAUCGCAUUGCUCAGUUCACCUCAUGCGUCUCUUCGAAAUUCUGCUAUUAAUCUCUGGAAGUGCACGUUUUCGAAGGUCACUGGAAAACUUCGAUAUAGCAAUCCGAAACUUCGCGAGAUGCUAUUGGCGGUUCCGAAGAAACACAAGCUUAAUGUACCAGAAGAUAUUUCUGCUGAAAAUAAAACUAGCGUAUUUGAUGAAGACGAGGAAGAGGUUGCUAUGGAUUGCACUGAAAUCGGAGAUAAUAAGGAAGUCAAAUCAGGAGAUACUGGUUUCCCGCAGGAAAGUUCGUCAUUCGAGCUCUCUCAGCAAUCUGCUGUUGAUAAUCUCGCAAAGAAGCUUAUUGUUGAGAAAGCUAACGAAAAUAUGAAGAAAACUGAAUCACCUCGGUCGAAGAAUGCGGAAAAAUUUUUACUUGACGAGGAUACUUCGGAAUUUGUUGUGAUAAAAACACCAAUAAGCAACCAGAAGAAUAAGCUGACGGAUCAUCAAAAAGAAAAAUUCGAGGAAUCGAGGGACGGACUGAAUUAUUUUAAUGAGGAAUCUCAAAGUGGAACACAAAGGAAUUCCUCUAUCAAAACAGCAUUGAAGAGUUUGAAUUUUGAUGUUGGAACAGAAUCAUGCAGUUCUUCUGACGUUGUGAAGCAAAAAGACGAAGAAAAAGAAGAAAAGGUUGAUUCAACGGAAAUCACUGAACCUACUUCUACAAAACGGGCCAGCUUGAAACGGCCAAGAAGAUUAUUCAUUUCCGAGGAUAACGGUCGAUUGAGUCCUUCAUUGAAAAAGACGAGGUCUCAAAAAAUGGAUGUAAGACAAGAUUCGACCGAUGAUGAUAUAGCUCUUAUAAAUCUUCCAGAACUUGAAAGUGCUAGUAAGAAAAAAGUGCCGGAAGAAUCUGUAUCGACCCGACCGAAACGAUAUUCUCGAAACCUUAGAAGCUCUUCAAGAGCUGAAACUGGCAUCAACAUACCAGAAAAACAUACAGAUCCCGAACCUGAAAGAACAGAGGGAAACCAAGAAGAGCUUACUACUGCUACCCAAGUUUCGGUGUCGGAAGAGAAAACAGUAAUUGAAGAAGAAGAAAGCACAAAAGAGCCAACUCCUCAACCAAUAACUGAGACUCAGCGUGAUUCUCAGGAUUCUCUGCCAAGUACUGUGGAAUUGGAAGAAAAGGAAGGUACGAUCAAUGUCCCACAAACUCCGUCAACGAAAAAAUCGCCUGCAACAAUUGGAACUCCGAGUAUUUUGCGAAAAACUCCCGGAAGGAAUACACCGUUAACUGAACGGCGUCGAAAUCGAGUUCACUUCGAUGCGGAUUGCCAUUCAGAUAGUCUUAAAGUUUCUCCGUUGAAAUCGAGUUGUUCUCCCAAAAAAUCGUCAAAAUUCGUUGAUUUGAAUCCAGAGCCAGAACCAGCGCGCACAAUUGCUGAUUUACCAACUUCUGGUUAUGAGUUGGAAAACUCGGCGAUUUACCCGUCCCUCGUCAACUGCUCACAUCCAAUUAGUGAAAUCAUUCGUAAACUUGUUCCGCUUUCCGGCGCAGUCACAGCGAUUUCGAUGCUCAAAAAGUGGAUUGAAGAUCACGAGAUCACAACUAUUGGACAAUUUGCCAAAUUGACGUUAAAGGAAAUUCAUGUUGCUAAUGGAAUUAGAGCUCCUCGUGAUAAAACAGUACGCAAAGUUCUCAGUGAAUAUGAGGUUAAUCUCAAAAAGAAGAAACCACAACCGAAAGUCGCCAAGGUAGACGAUAGCUGGUCGAUGGACAGUGAAACGAAUAGGCAAGAAAGUGAGCCAAAGGCUGUUCAGAAGGAAGAAUUGCGGGAAACAUUAGAAACUGUCGUUGUUGAAGUACCACAGCCGCAACCAAAAAUCGAAACUAUUGUUGAAAAAGUAGAAAAAACUCCGGAAAAGACGACAUCCCCCCAGAAGUUACUUCCAUCGACGAAACAAGAGAUUUUUGAAGCAUUUCACAAUUCACCAACGGAAGUUGAAAACGUUGGAAUUGUUGAAAGUCAACCUAUUUUUUCAGAAGAAACCGGAACAAGCAUUGUGAAUGACAUGUCGAAAGCUUUGCAGGAUUCCCCAAUGAAGGGUGAUGAUGCUGAAAUAGUUGAAACUCCGUCAAGUGUUGAUAUGAUCUCAGUUCCGUCUUCGAAUGAAACGUCCAAUAAUAAUCGCGUAACAGCUUCUUCCAUCGAAAAUUUCACGAAAAUAAUGGAGACUCAAUUGAAGACGAUUUCCCGCGAAGACGUUGAUCCUUCUGAAAUUGUCAAGGCAUCUUUGAUGGUUGACAAAAUGACAAAAGCUUUGACAAAAAUUUUGGCUAAACGAAGAUUACCUGAGGAGCAUCUCAAUGAUAUUGAUGAUCAUUUGUACGAUACGAAUAUUCGCCUCGCCGGAUUCCUCCAAUCUCGCGGAUUCCGAAACCAGCACAAUAACAACUAG